AUCGAGCGAUUGGAAGUCAGCAGCUUAGCGCAGACCUCUAGUGCAGUGGCCUCGAGCACUGAUGGCAGCAUCAAUGCAGACUCUGUUGAUGGGACCCCAGAUCCUCAGCGUACGAAAGUGGCUAUCACACACCUGCAACAGAAGAUACUGAAGUUGACUGAGCAGAUCAAAAUCGAACAAACAGCCCGAGAUGACAAUGUGGCAGAGUACCUGAAACUGGCCAACAAUGCAGACAAGCAACAGAGUGCACGCAUUAAGCAAGUGUUUGAGAAGAAAAAUCAAAAGUCAGCCCAGACCAUCUUGCAGCUGCAGAAGAAACUAGAACAUUACCAUCGAAAGCUGCGAGAGAUUGAACAGAAUGGGAUCCCUCGGCAGCCGAAGGAUGUCUUCAGGGAUAUGCAUCAGGGUUUGAAAGAUGUUGGAGCAAAAGUCACUGGCUUCAGCGAGGGAGUAGUAGAUAGUGUAAAAGGUGGACUUUCCAGUUUCUCCCAAGCCACACAUUCAGCAGCAGGAGCUGUGGUUUCCAAACCCCGGGAGAUUGCAUCCCUCAUAAGGAACAAGUUUGGGAGUGCAGACAACAUUGCUAAUCUGAAAGACUCCUUAGAAGAAGGCCAGGAAGAUGGGACAGGAGGCAAGGCUCUAGGUGUUAUUCAGAACUUUCAGUCAAGCCCAAAAUAUGGCAGUGAAGAGGAUUGCUCCAGUGCCACAUCAGGCUCAGUGGGAGCCAACAGCACAACAGGGGGCCCUGUGGGAGCUUCUAGCUCCAAAACAAACACUCUGGAUAUGCAGAGCUCAGGGUUUGAUGCAAUACUGCAUGAGAUUCAAGAAAUUCGAGAGACACAGGCAAGACUGGAAGAAUCAUUUGAGGACCUUAAGGUUCGCUAUCAGAGGGAUUACUCCUUAAUAAUGCAGACUCUGCAGGAGGAGCGGUACAGAUGUGAAAGACUCGAAGAGCAGCUAAAUGACCUGACUGAGCUCCACCAGAAUGAGAUCCUCAAUUUAAAACAGGAGCUGGCCAGCAUGGAGGAGAAGAUUGCCUAUCAGUCUUAUGAGCGAGCCCGGGACAUCCAGGAGGCACUGGAAGCAUGCCAGACCCGCAUCUCCAAGAUGGAGCUGCAGCAGCAGCAGCAGCAAGUAGUGCAGCUGGAGGGGCUGGAGAAUGCCACGGCCAGGAACCUGCUGGGGAAGUUCAUCAACAUCCUCCUGGCUGUCAUGGCUGUCCUCCUUGUCUUCGUCUCCACUGUGGCCAACUGUGUUGUGCCCCUCAUGAAGACUCGCAAUAGGACGUUCAGCACUUUAUUUAUAGUGGUUUUCAUUGCCUUUUUGUGGAAGCACUGGGAUGCCAUCACUGGCUACUUGGAACGGUUCUUGUCUCCCCCCAGAUGAUGGUGGCAGGAAUUGGCUGCAUUGCCCUCCUCCUGGCGCUCUCGGUGAGCAAGUGUGGCAAAGAUUAGUCAGCAGUUACUCCGCUGAAGUUUUAAAGUGUCCGAGUGAAUUUGUUUACAUUUAGAAUAACGUUUUUUCUCUGCGAGAUGCAUUGCAAUAGUAUUUUUUAGAUUUUAUUCAAGAACUCUUUUUGGCGAGAAUCCUGGAUAAUUUUUAUGUAGCAUGGUUCUCUUUGGAUGCAAAUCUUAAGAUUCUUUAAAGUGUACAAAAGAAAUAAA